AUGGCAUCGCCGUCACCACCAACUACACCUAUUGAUAUUGAACAGUCAUCUCAAAUAAAUAAAGAAAUAAUGGAUGUUUUGCCAUCGCGGCAACAUAUGUCUAUACCAAUAAACAAACAGUCAGUUGGUUUGAUAUACUCGGCAGCAGUAUUAUCAGAGGUAUUCAUUGGUAAAACAAGUCAGCAAAAUGGUCAGCAGUCUGAAGGUAGUUCACCUGCACAAGUAUCAAAUGAAACACCGGAAUUAAAUCUGGCCUUACAGAAGUUGGAUAAAAAUCAAACAUCAUUGUCCAGUCAGAUUAUACCAUCGGUGGUGCGACCUGCACCUGUUAAUGAUGAAUCAGCUAAAAUUACAUGUUGUAUCAUCCCAGGAUAG